AUGCUCAUGCUAAAACCCACGUCAGUCCUACUAAGUCGAUUGACAACCCGACUGUGUUUUAGAACCUAUCACAUACUAAAGCCUCAAAAACUCAUACCGAGGACAAAUACCGUCAUAUCGCCUCACUCCAAGAGCAUUCUAAACUAUAUACGAUACUAUUCAACGUCGCCGUUGCCCAAUGAGGAGCAACAACCGCAGCAGACUAAACUCAUCAAAGAUUCAUCAGUCAAAUCUCACCUAGAUCUAGCCAAAUUGAAAAAGAAGGAGAUCAAACAAGAGGAAAAUAAACAAUUUGCCAAAUUGGAUAAAAAGACAUUUAGAGAAAAUAUAAAGACCAUUGGCCGUAUAUUGAAAUUGGGUAAAUCUGAUUGGAAAUUAUUCUUGCUUGCAAUUACAUUCAUAUUAUGCGCCGUACUAUACCCAACAACCGCAGUCAAGUUAGUUGGUGCCCUACUAGACUCGUACAAUGCCAAAAACAUAAAUGCUGAUGGAGAGUUGAUGGUAUGGGGAUAUACAGCCAGAACCGUAUUUGAGUUUAUGGUUCCCUUUAUGUGCAUUAGUGCUGUUUGUUUCUGGGCCCGGAUAUGGGUGUUGAAAUUAUUGGGCGAACGUCUUGUUGCCAGAUUACGGGCUAAAGUGAUGAAGAGCUUGUUGCGCCACGAUGCCAAGUUUUACGACAAUGAUAAAAACAAAGUGGGUGAUUUGAUAUCUCGAUUAUCGAGUGAUGCAUAUGUGGUCAGCAAGUCAAUAACGGGGAAUCUUCCUGACGGAUUAAAAAAUUUGUUGUUUGGAAUUAUUAGCUCCUACUUGAUGUACUCAAUCAACCCCAUGCUAUUUGGAGUCAUGUUGUUGAUCUCACCACCAAUAACCAUUGGAUCAGUGUGGUACGGAGAAAAGAUUAGAAAAUUGUCAACCAAGCUACAAAAUGCUAGUGCUGGGCUAACCAAAGUAAGCGAAGAGACGCUAAAUGCUGUAAAGAUGGUUAAAGCGUUCACAGGGGAGCAAAAAGAGCUAAACAAGUAUAGUGCGAGAGUAAGAAAUGUGGUUAAGGUUGCCAAACAAGAGGCAUUGGCACAAUCAAAUUACUCAGUCAGUAUUUAUACUCUUUAUCAUGCGGGUUACUUAUCAUGUGUUGCCUUUGGCAUAUGGCUUUUGCAAAAGGGACAAAUGAGCGCCGGUGAUGUGGUGGCAUUCACAAUGUACCUGGAGUUUUUCAACCUGGCAUUGUACAGUUUGACCACGACAUACCUUGAAUUGAUGAAAGGUGCCGGUGCUGGAGUCAAACUCUUCAACUUGAUAGAUUACAAAAGCGAUAUUGACCCCAUCAAUGGAGAGAAGGCGAGAAACUUGCAGAAUGAGGUUGAGUUUAGAGAUGUCACUUUUAGUUACCCAACGAGACCCAACGACAAAGUGUUUGACCAUUGUAGCUUCACAAUAGCCAGUUCGACAAGUACUUGUAUUGUUGCUCCAUCGGGUGCAGGAAAGUCUACAGUUGCUGCACUACUCUUGCGAUCCUACAAUAUCCAAGGUGGAGAAAUUUUAAUUGGCGGGGAAAACAUAAAGGACAUUCAAGUCCGCGAUUUAAGAAGACACAUUAUUGGUAUCGUGCAGCAAGAGCCAGUGCUUUUAAGCGGAUCGAUUUUGGAGAACAUUGUGUAUGGUCUCACGCCGAAACAAGUUCGCAGUCUUUCAAUGAAUGAUAUAAUUGAGGUGUGCAAACAGGCCAAUUGUCAUGAUUUUAUAGAAAGCUUCCCCGAGCAAUACGAUACAAUAAUUGGCAGUCGGGGAGCGUCAUUAUCAGGCGGUCAAAAGCAACGUAUUGCCAUAGCUCGUGCAUUGAUUAAGCGUCCCAACAUCUUGAUCCUCGAUGAAGCUACUUCAGCUUUAGAUUCCAAAUCCGAGUCGUUGAUUAAUGAAACACUAAAGAAUUUGACUUCUCAAGGAAGAAUAACAAUCAUUUCCAUAGCCCAUCGCUUAUCAACCAUUUCUAAAUCAGAGUUUGUUGUUGUCCUCGGUAAGAAUGGCAACGUUGUUGAACAAGGUAGGUUUGUUGAGCUCUUUAGUAAUCCAAAUAGCGAAUUGUCCAAAUUACUCGAUGAAUCAGCCAACAAGAAAGACGAAGAUAAGAUUGACGAAGAAGAAGCUGAUGAAAUAGAGCAUGCAAAUUACGAGGCAGAAAAGAUUGAACAAGAUCAACGGGACUUUGGCAAGUUGGAACAUUUACGAACCAUGAUUGAUUCCUUGCCCGAGGAGCUCAAGGAUCAGUUGAUUGAAGAAAUCACCCUUGAUGCAAAGAAAAAGAUUCAAAACUUGGAUACGGCAACAUCGAAUGAAGAUUUGAAACGAUAA